GCGGCUGGAGGGCGUGAGAAGGGCAGCCGCCACGCCCCCGGCCACCAGCGAUCCCACCAGGGGCUCUAUAUAACCCGCCGCCGCCACCGCCGCCUCACACAACUCCCUCAGCGAUCACUGCACAGAGACAAGAUGCGCUCCGCCGUGCUGACCCUCGCCGUGGUGGCCUCCUGCUGGGCCCUGGCCGCCAGCACCCCCACCUUCGGUCUGCUUGGUCCUUUGGUCGGCUUGAAGGUGAUCGGGGGCCUCUUGGGCGGGUUUGGCGGUUCCCGCUUCGGGAUAUUCAAGCGGUCGGUGGACCAGCAGCAGCAGCAGCAGCAGGAGGCCCCUGAGAUGCUGACCAUGGUGGCCCAGCUGGAUCCCCAGGGGUGCCUGCUCAAGCUGCUGUGCCACCUGGAGGCCAAGGAGGCCGAGGCACUCAGCCGCCACGAAGUCAUCCUGGCUGGACUGUUCCGCGACGCCAGCGACGCCGCCACGCCCUCCAGCGCCGCCUUCACCUACGCCGUCGGGAUCGGCAACAAGAGCCGCGACGCCGCCGUGUGCGACAAGGUGUUCAGCAAGUGUCCCCUCAAGUACUCCCAGCUGUCCGCCGUGCUGGAGGAGUCCUGGGCCUGCCCCAUCGGAGGCGCCCUCCAGAACUAGGGCAGCCUGAAUGCCUGGAGCCUGCCUGGCUGACUGACUGAUUGACUGGCUGCCAUGGCUACCUACCACACACACACACACACACACACACACACACAUACUUACACACACACAUACACACCAAGCCUUGCCAUACUAACACCUCAACUCCCAUGUCUUGCUUUCAUUUUCAAUAAUGAAUAAAUAAUAAAGAAAAUAAAAAA